UGCGUAUAUCAGUCCGCGUUUUAUAUUUUUAACCAGAUAGACGAAAGUGAUGGUAAUGAUUAAUUUAACUGAUAAGAGAUAACAGAAAAUAUGUACUUGUACGAAUCAGGUUAGCAUUCGAUAUAACGAUGGUGUAUCAAUAACAGGUAGAUGAAGUGCGUAAAACAAUAAUAGUGACUUGCUUGGAGUACAUCACGAAUUGUGAUCAUGAUUACGAUACACUGAAAUUUUAUAGGUUGACCAAAUAUGGGCGAAAAGAAGAAAGAUAGUCCUUUGGAUGCAAAGUUCACUGAGAAACAGCCCGGGGAACAAGUAACGAGUGUAACAUUUUCUCAAUUGUACAGGUACGCCACUGGCCUCGAUAAGUUUCUGCUGUUUUCUGGAGUAAUUUUCACACUGGUAGCUGGAGGAAUUCAAAGCUACACUCCCGUAUUAUUUGGCCAAAUUACAGGUAAUAUUAUAUCGUACGUCCAAAAUACACAGUAUAGCAACAUAUCAGACGAAAUAUGGCAGGCUGCCACAGACGAAUUCAUGGAUCAAGUCACAUCCUUCACAUAUCUUUACGUAGCUGUGGGAGUUGUCCUACUUUUGUGCAACUAUACAUGUACAGUUGCUUUCAACUAUUCCGCAACUCGACAGAUAUUGAAGAUACGUGAUCUCUACUUGAAAAAGGUAUUCAAUCAAGACAUUUCCUGGUAUGAUGUUCACCAAACUGGAGAUUUUUCUAGCAGAAUGACAGAGGAUUUGUACAAGCUUGAAGAUGGAAUAGGAGAGAAAGUACCAAUGUUCCUGAAUUUCAUAGCCAUCUUCAUUGGUUCUCUCGUGAUAGCACUUAUCAAAGGAUGGGAGCUUGCACUUAUCUGCCUGACAUCACUCCCUGUAUCAGUUAUUGUAUUCGGAUUAAUUGCUUGGUUAACAACUAAAUUGGCUCAAAAAGAGCUAGACGCAUACGGAGCUGCUGCAGCGAUCGCAGAAGAAGUUCUAUCAUCGAUAAAGACAGUGGUAGCAUUUAGCGGGCGACACAAAGAAAUGAUGAGGUAUAACAGCCAGCUGACGUUCGCUAGAAAGAACAAUAUCAAGAGAUCGAUGUUACAAGGCUUAGCAUGGGGAUCGCUUUGGCUCAUCAUCUACAGUAGCUACGCCUUGGCGUUCUGGUAUGGGGUCAAAUUGAUCUUGGAGGAGAAAGGAUCGCCCCAUCCUACGUAUACCAUUGAAAUUAUGAUAACUGUUUUCUUCAGUGUGAUGACUGGUUCAAUGAACUUUGGUAUGGCAUCCCCAUAUAUAGAAGCCUUCAGUAUUGCAAAAGCAGCUGGUGGAAAAGUAUUCUCAGUUAUUGACAACGAGCCAGUUAUAAAUUUGUCAAAGGAUAAAGGACAACAACUGGAAAAUCUGAAAGGCAACAUCACGUUCAAAAACGUGGAGUUUUAUUACCCUGCUAGAAAGGACGUAACGGUGCUGAAAGGUGUAGACUUAGAAAUAAACGCUGGAGACACUGUAGCACUGGUAGGAAGCUCUGGAUGUGGCAAAUCAACUGUUGUCCAACUCAUCCAACGUUUUUAUGACCCUACAGCUGGAGAGAUUACACUCGAUGGGCAAAAUUUGAAACAGUUGAAUCUUACUUGGCUAAGGAGGCAAAUUGGAUCUGUGGGUCAGGAACCAGUAUUAUUUGCUGCGACCAUACAAGAAAAUAUUAAGUAUGGAAAUCCUGGAGCGACUGAUCAAGACAUUAUUGAAGCUGCUAAAAAAGCCAAUGCUCAUGGGUUUAUAACGAAAUUGCCAAACGGAUAUAAUACGCUUGUUGGAGAAAGAGGUGCUCAACUUUCAGGAGGGCAAAAACAAAGGAUAGCUAUUGCAAGAGCUCUUAUAAGAAAUCCCUUGAUCUUACUAUUGGAUGAAGCUACGUCAGCACUCGAUAAUGCUAGUGAAGCUAAAGUACAGGCAGCCUUAGAUUCGGCAAGUCAGAAUUACACGACGAUAGUAGUUGCUCAUCGGCUGUCUACUAUCAGACAUGCCAACAAAAUUUUUGUAUUCUCCAAUGGAACAAUUGUAGAGCAAGGAACACACGAUGAAUUGAUGACCCUGAAAAAGGAAUACCAUACUCUUGUGAUGGCACAAGUAGCUGGAAAGGAAGAAGCUGAACUAGCGUCAACAGAUGACAAAACGUAUAGGAAACCAUCUGUUGAAGAAGAUGAAGAAUUAGGAGUAGAACGAGUUGACGAUUCCAAUGACAGUCUGGAAGAGAAGGAAAGCAUAUCUCUUUACAAAGUUCUGAUGAUGAAUGCAAAAGAAUGGCCCUAUAUCCUCAUUGGUGGUGUGAAUUCCAUCAUUUUCGGUUGUGCUAUGCCUUUGUUCGCUGUCAUCUUUGGAGACGUCAUUGGAGUGUUGGCCAAUCCUGACGAUGAUUACGUUAGAACAGAAACCAACAAAACAUGCCUUUAUUUCCUUAUAGCUGGAAUAGCGCUGGCAUUUAGUACAUUGAUCCAGCAUUAUUGCUUUGGAGUAGCUGGCGAAAGGAUGACAGAACGACUCCGCAGACAAAUGUUCAUGUCCAUGCUUAUUCAAGAAAUUGGUUUCUUCGACAGAAAAGAAAAUGGUGUUGGAGCAUUGUGUGCAAAACUGUCUUCAGAUGCGGCUAGUGUACAAGGGGCGACUGGUCAGCGUAUAGGUACCAUUGUAUCCAGCUUGGCCACAUUGGUAUUUGCAGUUGGACUAUCGGUGCACUACGAGUGGAGAUUGGGCUUAACAGCCUUGGCAUUUACGCCUUUGAUCCUUCUCGCUAUAUUCUUUGAAAGGCGGAAUGCCAGUGGUUUGAGCGACUCAAGGGAGACAUCUUUACAAAAAUCUACCCAGAUAGCUGUAGAGGGAGUGACCAACAUCCGUACAGUAGCAUCUCUGUGCCUAGAAAAUACCUUCCACCAGAUCUAUGUGUCAGAGUUACUUCCAUAUUAUCACAGAGCAGCCAGAACUAUCCACUGGCGUGGAUUUGUAUAUGGAAUGGCAAGGACUUUGAUGUACUUUGCAUAUGCCGCUUGCAUGUAUUACGGAGGCCAUUUGAUCACGAAAAAACUCCCUUACGAGAGAGUAUUCAAAGUAUCUCAAGCACUGAUCAUGGGUACCGUAUCCAUAGCAAAUUCUCUAGCAUUCACACCAAACUUCACAAAGGGUAUCAAAGCAGCAAAGAACGUCAAGCGAUUCUUGAACAGAGUACCUCUUAUACGAAAUCAACCAAACUGCAAAACACUGACAACGGUCGAUGGGAACGUCAAAUACACCGACGUUCACUUUUCUUAUCCAACUAGGCCUAAUGUUCAGGUACUUUGUGGACUAGAUCUGGAGGUUUUGCAAGGCAAAACCGUUGCAUUGGUAGGACAAAGCGGCUGUGGCAAAUCAACAGUCGUUCAACUGAUAGAAAGAUUCUACGAUCCCGAUUCUGGUGAAGUAUUCUUGGAUGAAGACGAUACAAAAACAAUAGAACUGCAUUCCUUGAGAUCGCAUCUAGGUAUUGUGUCACAAGAACCAAACCUGUUUAGUAAAACAAUACGAGAAAAUAUUGCUUACGGGGACAACUCAAGGGAAGUUCAACCAGAAGAGAUUAUCGAAGCGGCGAGAAAUGCUAAUAUACAUAACUUUAUCGUUGACCUGCCUUUGGGCUACGAGACAAAGUUAGGCGAAAAAGGCACACAGUUAUCGGGAGGUCAGAAACAGAGGAUAGCUAUAGCAAGAGCAUUGAUUAGGAACCCAAAGGUGUUGCUCCUGGACGAGGCGACAUCUGCUUUAGAUACCGAAAGCGAAAAAGUUGUUCAAGAAGCGCUGGAUAAAGCUAAAGUAGGAAGAACAUGCAUUACGAUAGCUCACCGUUUGAGUACUAUCCAGGAUGCGGAUAUGAUAUGUAUCAUCAAUAAAGGAAAAGUAGUAGAGAAGGGAACACACAAAGAACUGCUCCAAUUUAAAGGACUGUACUAUCGAUUACAUACACACACAAAUAGAUAAUGAUCUCCAUGACAAUAAGAACAAGCACAAAGUAUGUAUCUUUAUUGUUUUACACAUCAUAAGCAAUAAAUAUACUUUUACAUCAUCA